ACAGAAACUUCACAGUUCCGCUCAACAAGUAACUUUUUUUUGGACAUUUCUAACACCGUAUGGGACCUGAACUUAACUUAAAUCAGUCAAAUGCGGACUAAACUUGACGAGGCGUGGCUAAACGGGAGGAAAAGGGUCACAGUUACUGAAGCAGUCACUGCUCCUCAGAGGGAAGGAAACGCGACACCAUGGCCCUCUGCGGAAGAAGGACUCGACCCAAAUUACUUGUUUGCCUCUUUGGUGUCACUUUAGUGGGAUAUCUGAUCUUUUUCAGGCAGAACUCAGGGGACGGGAGCGGGACGGCUCGACGGGAGGCCCCCGGAGAGCCGGAGGAGGACCAUGAAGACCUGAAGAAGCCGGUCUACGAGAAGCCCCCCCUGGACCUGAGCUCUCUGGGGGAAAUGGGGAGAGCCGUCAAACUGAACCUGCCCGUCGAGGAGAAAAGAAAAGAGGAGGAGAGCAUCGAGAAACAUCAGAUCAACACUUAUAUCAGUGAUAAACUCUCGUUGCAUCGUCGGCUGCCAGAGAGAUGGAACCCACUCUGCAAAGAGCUGAAGUACGACUACCGGUCCCUGCCCACCACCUCUGUGGUCAUCGCCUUCUACAACGAGGCCUGGUCCACCCUGUUGAGGACGGUCCACAGUGUGCUGGAGACGUCGCCCGACAUCCUGCUGAGAGAGGUGGUGCUGGUGGACGACUACAGCGAUAGAGCUCAUCUGAAGGAGCCACUGGAGAAGUACAUCGCAGGCUUGAGGAAGGUGCGUCUGAUCCGGGCCACCAAGAGGGAGGGGCUGGUGCGGGCCCGUUUGCUCGGGGCGUCUAUAACCACGGGCGAUGUGCUGACCUUCCUGGACUGUCACUGCGAGUGUCAUGAAGGCUGGUUGGAGCCCCUGCUCCAAAGGAUCAAGGAGGAGCCGUCGGCCGUGGUGUGUCCUGUUAUUGAUGUGAUCGACUGGAACACCUUCCAGUAUUUAGGGAACUCCGGUGAACCCCAGAUCGGGGGGUUUGAUUGGCGGUUGGUCUUUACCUGGCACGUUGUCCCGGAUUAUGAACAGAAACGCCGUCACUCGCCCAUCGAUGUCAUCAGGUCUCCUACUAUGGCGGGUGGUCUGUUUGCUGUGGACAAGAACUACUUCCAUUACCUGGGGACGUACGACACCGGGAUGGAGGUGUGGGGAGGAGAGAACCUGGAAUUCUCCUUCAGGAUUUGGCAGUGUGGAGGCAGCCUGGAGAUCCACCCAUGCUCCCAUGUGGGUCAUGUGUUCCCUAAAAAGGCCCCUUACUCGCGGAUCAAAGCCCUGGCAAACAGCGUGAGAGCCGCUGAGGUCUGGAUGGAUGAAUACAAAGAGAUCUACUACCAUCGGAACCCCCAUGCACGACUGGAGGCCUUUGGAGACGUGACGGAGCGAAAGAAGCUCAGAGAGAAGCUGGGCUGUAAGAGCUUCAGGUGGUAUCUGGAUAAUGUUUACCCUGAUAUUCCCGUCCCAGAGGACAAGCCCGGCAUGUUUGGAAUGCUGAAGAACAGGGGCAGGACCAACUACUGCUUUGACUACAACCCUACAGAUGAAAACGCAAUUGUGGGCCAAAGGGUCAUCCUGUACUCGUGUCACGGCAUGGGUCAGAACCAGUUCUUUGAGUACUCCACGGACGGUGAGAUCCGCUACAACACAAGGGUACCUGCGGGAUGCGUUCAGGGUGACAACAUCAGCACCUACCUGACUCUCCAGCUGUGUAGAAAACGAGGACAACCUUUACCUGCAGACCAGAAGUUUGUCCUCAGAGAGGACGGGACCCUGUACCACACGCUGAGUCAGAAGUGUGUCCAGGCGGUAGACAAGACGGACAACGGGACACCAGCCCCCUCACUCCAGCCCUGCUCUGACAGCCUCCACCAAAAGUGGUUCUUUGAGGAGAGGAUGUAAUGUUAUCAAACUAGAAUAUAUUUUUCCCUCAGGGCUGAUAUCCUGAGGAGGGGUACGGGUGGAUUUUGAUAUGUUUGUGUUGCCCUUAAAGAAGCCCAAAAGGGGGGAAGCUUCCAUGCUCUCUUCCAAAAAUUCAACAUUUGCACAUUUUUGUGCCAGCUGGAUAUAAUGGACCAAUGGGAAAUUAUGCUGGAAUGUACUUUCUGAAGAACUUUGAGAAUAUAUAUAUAUAUGGGAAUCGUUUUUUUCUUGGAUACUGUUGCUGGGAGACAGGAGCCUACUAGAAUAUGUAUUGUUUUUGUAAUCAAGGAGGAUUAGUUAAAUCUAAAAUGGUGACAUUUUUCUUGUCUUGCAUUUUCUUACUCCAGCACUGGUGCAACAUUUGAGAUCAGUUCAGCUCACUUGCUGAAAGAUGGACACUGAAACAUUUGUACAUCUGUCUAAAUGCUUUAGGGCUAGUGGCUAACAUCGCAGUGAUUUUCAGAGCCACACUGUGAAGCAUUUAAAAAUGUUCUUGUCUUCUCCUGUAGAGGGCGCCAACGCUCCUCCCUGCAAGUUCCUCCCUUCUACUGUGUUCUCUAUUUGUUAAGAGAAAGUGGGACAAAUCUUCAGGUAUUUUGUUAAGAACCUUCACAGGGCAUUUCUGAGUGCUUUGUACUCUUACAUACCAGUGGCUUAGAAAAAGCCUUCGAUCACAGGCAUUAUGCAAGUACCUCGUACCUCUUCAGCUUAAUCACCUAACUACUGAUAGCGGGAGAAACUCCAGUCUUAUUCCGUUCUGCUUUGAUUGAAGACAUUUUGUAAAAUGAAAAUGACAUGGGUCAUUUAGCUAGUUUUGUUGUAAUUUUUUUUCAACAUAGUGUACUUGCCUCUGUUCUGUGCUCUUUAAAUUAUAUACAUUUUCAACUCACUAAAUCAUAGCCAUAUUUUCUGAAUUUACUUUAUGUGUCAACUAUGUUUAUUUAAAAUGAUGUAUUUAGAUAAGACUAAAUGUGUUAUUUCAAAGCUCAGCUGCAGACAUUUUAAAUUAAGUCUUAAAUAAGAGAGAAUGUGUUAACUUUAUGAUAUUAAGUGCAAAUUGUAAGAAUACAAUCCUCUUUUCCAACUUUCUUGUACACUUGCAGCCAAUAGAAAGUGCCUAAAUGUAAAAAAAAAGAAAUAUAUAAUUCUAUUUUAAGAUUUCCCUUCAGGAAGAUGCUUUUGUACUGAAUGUAUAUUUUAUCACACCAUGAGGCAGAAAGCGGACUGUAUUUAGAGCUGUGACAAAGUGUCAGCACACUUACAAUAUGUAUGCGUUCCAGCUGACAACACAGUACGCCCAAGACGGUAUUCCUGUGAGUGCACGUGUAUUACUCUGGUGGGAUUUACUGAUUUGAGCACAUUGCCUCUUUUUCCACCGGUCUGAGUCAGAACUAUAGAUCUCUCUGUUGCUGUGGUGGUGUUGGCUGCCCCUCAGGCUGUGCAGUGGGACCGGGGGAACCACAGCGGAGGAGUAGACGGUUGUUUGUGUCUCCAGAGUGCUCGGGAUGCCAGAUGGCGUCCUGAUUGAUUUAUUGGUCCUCUCCCAAUUCUUUACCACCAGCUCUCCCUCUCACUGUCAGAGGUGUGCAGCGGAGGACUUAUGUUCUGGACUUGCGCCGACCACAUCCUUCUCAGUUGAGCACUUGUUACUUAUGUGCUUGAGGUUCGAUUUAUGAAUGGAAGUCAUCAAGAGUACACUUUUUGGCAGCAGGGGCAAAUAAUGCGAGGAGACUGAAUGAAGCAAUUUGUGACCUCUUCCUAACCAUUAACCUUCACAGGCUGUUGGCCCAUUGGUCUCAAAAGGAGCUUAGCUAGGGGACAAUUGUACUGAAAUAGAUUUUUUUUGCUAUUGAUCCAGAAUGUAUACUCACAAUAAGAUAAAUGGGAGAUGGAAAAGACUAAUAGCCAAGACUUAAGUAGAAUCAGAAUCCCUUCAUCUGCCAAAUAUAAUGAAUGUACAGUAAAGAAUGUACAGUAAUGUGCAGGAAAAUGAUAACGUCUGUGCAUAUACGCUCACAUAGUAGAAGCCCAAAGGGACAGCGCAAGAUGUGCUUUACUUAGCGCUCUGAAGAUCUAUUUGUAAUUGCACUGUGUAGGAUGAAGUCACAAACGAAGUUCCAAGCGUAUUGGAACAUGGACAUCAUUUGUGGGGUUAAAGUUCCCGGUAAUCCAUAAAGGUUUUUUUGCUGGCUCUAUAAGUGGUACAUGAUUGCGCAGACAAAGCUUGCUGAUGUGGAACGGACCAAAUGACCAGCAGGAAGAUUAUCGUGUGCUCCUAGAGG